UCUCAUUACUCGCUCGGGGUAGAUAGAGCCUAGAGGCAAUACGAUACUAUUUUGGACAUCACUACCGUCAUUCCUUCGUCUUCAUCUCCACGGUGAAGCUUGCACCUGUUGUAUAAUCGAUUGACAUCAUUUGCAUGGCACUUCGAUAGUCAGCCGCAUAUCUCUACAUAUCACAACCCUGAACACCCUCCCGUACAGAUCACAUCAUCUUUCAAUCACCAUGGCGUCCCUCACUACCCACCUCCUCAAUCUAGACCCCACUGCCCUCACCCAAGCAACCCAACACCCCUUCCUCACCGCCGCCGCCACCUCCACCCUCCCCAAAAGCAAACUGCAAGCCUGGCUAGGCCAAGAUCGUCUCUACCAAAUCGCCUACCUCCCCUUCAUAGGCACGCUGCUAAGCCGGAUCGGCAUCCCGGACUCGGCGGACCGCGAGGCCACGCUGGAAUGGCGCACUGCAGACCUACUACUCGAUGCGUUGACGAACAUCCGCGACGAAAUGCGGUUGUUCGAGAGCACGGCUGAGGGCGAGGGAUGGCUGGAUGCGAUUUGCGGCGUACAGGCUGGACGGCAGACGAGGGCGUAUCAGGAUUUGUUUGCCGGGGCGACGGCGCAGGGGCGCGGGGUGGUGGUGGGGUUGGUGGUGUUGUGGGCUACGGAGAGUUGUUAUUUGCGGGCUUGGAGGUGGGCGAAGGGGCAGGUUACGCGGAAGGAGGGUGAUGGGGAGGGGGAUGUGAUGCAGAGGACUUUUAUUCCUGCUUGGAGCUCGGGGGAGUUUGAGGGGUUUGUGGAGAGGAUUCGGGGGGUGGUGGAUGAGUUUGGAGAGCAGAUGGAGAGGGACGGGAGGGAGUGGAGGGAGUGUGAGGCGGCGUGGAGACAGGUGUUGUGGGCGGAGAGGGAGUUUUGGCCGGAUGUUUGAUUGAUAAGGUAUCUAC